AUGGAAAAUCUUUCUCAUUCAAUCUUAUCAGACGAGCCUUCUAAAUCGAUUUUAUCUCACAGUUCUUCACAAUCGGUAUUUUCGUGCCCAUCAUCAUCACAAUUUUCAUUUUCCUCAAUAUCUACCCAGUCAUCUAGCCAACUGAAUCCCACCAAUUUAAUACAAAAAUCAGGUUGGCUCCAAAAGAAAUCAACAAAGCUUUUCAGACGUUGGCAUUGACGAUUCUUUUUGCUAAAAGAUAAGAAAUUAGUUUAUUUUCGGAAAAAAACUGAUAAAAAGCCAUCAGCUACUAUAAAUUUUGAUCAAGUAACAGUAAAUGUACACUUUAUUAGCUGAAAAUCGAAAUCAGAAUUUUUGAUUCUCCCUCUCGGAUCUAAAUCAGGCUUCAAGUUGAAGACUAUGCCUCAAGACGAGCUCUUUUCUUGGGCAUCUGCAAUAAUUCAACACAUAGAAGUCUCAGAUGGGAAUAAAUUUUUGCUAACAACAAAAGACCAUUCAUGAAGGAGUAUCCGGGUUUCAGAGAAACAAUUUUUAGAGAAUGUCUCCUCUGGUGACGUUUUAUUGUUCCAAAGCAAAUGUGUUCCAGCUACAUUGCAAAGAACUUUGAUUAGAAGCAACUAUGAUCAUGUUGCUAUGCUGCUAAACAUUGAAGGAACGAUUAUGUUUUUAGAAGCUACGAGAUUGCAAGGAGUAAGUAUUUUAGAAUGAGAAAGUUUUAAAGAAAGAAAUUGGCAUUUACUUUAUAAUAAAUUAGUUUACCGGAAAAUCGAGCCAGAAUUAAAUCUGCAAGAAAUCGAAGCUUUGGAGAAUUUCAUUGCUGAAGUGCAAGGCAAGAAAUUUAGAUUCACAUUUACGAAAAGGAAAAAGUUCUCUAAAUUAGCUUAACUUAAGGGGCUUAAAGUCUCCUAGAUUUGAGGCCUCCACACGUUGCAGCAAUGAGCCUGCUUGUAGGAGGAAUUCAGUCGUCGGAACCCUGCAUUAACACCAGCUAAUCCCGGAACAUAUUAAUUAUAAGCUCUCUAAAGGAAGAGUCCACGUACAAGAGAAAUAUUUUUGCAGCGAACUAGUCGCUUCAGCUUACCAAAUGAUUGGAAUAUUGCCAUGUGAUGUUCUUCCUUCAUAUUUUUGGCCCAAACACUUUUCAAGUGAUAAAGUUUUACCUUUGGUGCGUCAUUCUUUGUCACAAGAAAUGAUGAUUGAUUUUGAAAUUCAAUAA